AUGUUUUUGAAAAGAGUCUGUAGAAACUAUUCCACGGGAAAAAGCUUGACAGUUUUACGUCUAGGUCCAACAAGAUUUGCGCAGCAAGCUUGGUCAAAUCUGGUGUCGAAAAACAACGUUAAAGUCGUCGAGACAGAUGCAGCAAAUCGGGAACAAUUCAUAUCUGAGUUGAAGAGCGGUAAAUUUGCAGAUGUCGACUUUAUCACAAGGACUUUCGAAAGUUUCAAACAAACUGGAAUGAUGGACAAACAAUUACUCAAGCUCAUCAAGGAGCAUACCAAAGUCAAAGCUAUGUCGCAUAACGGGGCAGGAUACGAUCAAGUUGAUGCCAUUGAGUGUGGAAACUUGAAGAUACAAUUGUCGAAUGUUCCAAGCUUGGUGGAUGAUGCAACUGCAGAUACGGCAGUUUAUUUACUGCUUGGAGCUAUGCGUAAUUUCCAGCUUUCCUCAGAAAACAUGAAAAAGGGCCAAUGGAAAACACAAAAAUGUGCAGGUACGCCUAUUGGACACGACCCAGAAGGUAAGGUUUUGGGUAUUCUCGGUAUGGGUGGUAUUGGCAGAACCAUUAGAGACAGACUGGUGCCAUUUGGUUUCAGCAAAAUUUUAUAUCACAAUCGUCACCAGCUUCCAAAGGAACUUGAAAAAGGGGCUAUUUACUGCAAGACUCCCGAAGAGUUGUUCAAGGAGUCCGAUGUCAUCAGCAUAAGUAUUCCGUUAAACAAGAACACGAAGCAUAUUAUCAACGAGAAGUCUAUCGGGAUUAUGAAGGAUGGUGUUGUCAUUGUGAACACUGCGAGGGGACCUGUUAUUGACGAGUCUGCGCUCAAGACGGCGUUAAAGAGCGGAAAAGUUGCUGCAUUUGGUGCCGACGUUUGGGUAAACGAACCAAACGUUGACCCUGAGCUGAUCAGUUUAUCGAAUGUUGCGUGCUUGCCACACAUGGGCACCCACACUGUGGAGACCAUGAAGGCUAUGGAGGAGUUUGUUGUUGAGAACGUUCAGACAUACAUUGACACCAACAAAGUUCUCACCAUGGUUCCUGAAUUGAAAGGGAAGUUUUAG